AUGAGAGAGGGCGAAGUCAAAGUUGUACUGCUCAGAUGGGGCUGCCGUGAGGCAGAAAUUGCCAUCCCCAUUGUCCUUGAACAUAUUUUCAGCGGAGAGCUCGAGCACGGCCCCUCCGUAGAAGUUGAAUUCCACCACAGGGAACCCCGCCAGGUCCUAGUCAGGUUGCCUCCAAUCACGUCCGCAACUGCAGCCUCGAGCUUCUUGAGGAGCGACAUGGAAAGUAAGCAUCGAGAUGCGGAAGUUGAAUCCCAUGACGGAUUGACCUCCGACCGUGACGCCCUCGAGGUUGAUGUAGUAAUGGUUGUUGACGACGAGGGGCGUUGGGGAGCCGUGGAGCCCGAUCUCAUUAUUAUCUAUGUUGUAAGGGUACGUGGGGUCGCUGAUGUUGCCGAUGCAGUAGGCGAAGCGCGUGGACCCCGUCUGCGAGAUGAGGGAGACGCGAUUAGCAUUCGAGAUAGUGGCGCAGCCGAAGGUGAUGUUGUGGAGAAUGAACCUGUCGGCCUCCACCUCAUCGAGGGGUUCGAACUCGAAUGUCUCCCGGCCAAGGUAACCACUGCAGUCUCCCUUGACGUAGGCGAUUUUGAACCUGCAGUACUUGUCCCCGCACGUGAGCCAUCUGUAACUAGGAGAGCAGGCGCUGGCCGAGUCGUUGCACAUCUCCUUGCGGAAGGUGGAGGAGCGCUUGGGGUCGAACACCGGUGCUGGAGCGUAGCCGUUGUCUGGGUUGCAGUGGACCCACAGCAGGCUCGAGCCCGUGUCGACUAUGACAAACAUGUCGCGUUGGUCGUCGUUGUUGGUGCCGACAUGCACGCGAGCGAGAAAAGCGGAGUUGUCUUUUUUGGGCUCGAGCGGCGUCUCGACGAUGGAUGUUGUUGUGGUGGCGGAAGCAGCGAGGAGAUAGGAGGCUCGGGAGGCGGAGAAGUCCCGGUCGAGGCGGGAGGCUUCUUCUGGGGAUAG